CUCCACUUGAUCAAACUUCGGUGUUACUCAUCAACUUGAUUUUUUGUAGACAACUUUUGUACGUCUAUCGAUAAAACUAAACCAUUAAAAUGGUUUAUUUAUUUGCGUUAAAUAAUGUCGUCUGUGGGUGACAUUAAUUUUAAUUGAAAAUUGAAUUAAAGUAUGAAGUUUUUGCAGUCAAAUCUUGACUUUUCUUGUAUUGAUCCCAAUGAUGCGCGAUUCAUCUCGCUCAAAAGUGUGUUUAUAAUUUUUUUCGUUCUGUUUAAUAUUUUUUCAAGUAUUUAUUAAGAUUCAAGAGCUAUGGAAAUAGUUGGUGAUUAUGAAUACAAUACAAAGGACUUGAUUGGUCACGGUGCUUUUGCUGUUGUCUUUAAGGGUAGACACAGAAAAAAAUCAAACUUUGUGGUAGCAAUCAAAAGUAUAACAAAGAAAAGCUUAGCCAAAUCACAAAAUCUUUUGGGAAAAGAAAUCAAGAUUUUAAAGGAACUUACUGAGCUACAUCAUGAAAAUGUCGUCGCUUUAUUGGACUGUAAAGAGUCUAAUCACAAUGUCUUCCUGGUUAUGGAAUAUUGCAAUGGUGGGGAUUUAGCGGAUUAUUUAGGUGCUAAGGGUACUCUAUCUGAGGACACAAUCAGAGUAUUUUUAAAGCAAUUAGCAGGAGCUAUGAAAGCUCUUCAUGCUAAAGGUGUUGUUCACAGAGAUUUAAAACCACAAAAUAUUUUAUUAAGUCACAAUUGUGGAAAAGCAUGUCCACAACCACAUCAAAUUACUCUGAAAAUUGCUGACUUCGGAUUUGCAAGAUUUCUUCAAGACGGCGUAAUGGCAGCUACUAUGUGUGGAUCUCCUAUGUAUAUGGCACCUGAAGUAAUAAUGUCACUUCAAUAUGAUGCAAAAGCCGACUUGUGGUCUCUUGGUACCAUUGUAUUUCAAUGUCUCACUGGAAAAGCUCCAUUUCAAGCUCAUACACCUCAAGCUCUUAAGCUUUUCUAUGAAAAGAAUUUAAAUUUUGGUCCUAAAAUUCCACCUGGAACAUCACCCGAACUUACCAAUCUACUUUUAGGGCUUUUAAGACGUAAUGCUAAAGAUCGUAUGCCUUUUGAUGAAUUUUUUAACCAUUCAUUUCUACAUGGAGCACAAGAAAGUCCUCCAUUACCUUUUGCUGAGUUGCCUGCAUCUCCAGACAAUAUUCAAGAACCUCGAAGUGGACUUAUUGCUGCUUCGGAACCAGAAACAAAUAGCCCAUGCUCCAGCCCAGAAGAUGAUUUUGUUCUAGUUCCAAAUGAUUUGGGUAAUGAUAUUGAAAAUAAUCCCAAUUCUCAGCCGAUUAAGUAUACGAAACAGACAAGUAAAGAAGCAGUAAGUCCACCACGUCCUUGUUUUUUGCCAAUUUCGGAACCUAUUCCAGUUCCAACUCAAAGAAGCACCGUUCAUCCAUCGUCUCCAUCACCAACAUCUCAAACAGAAACAAGUGUUGUACCACGAUCACAACCAAUUAGCAUGAAACGCAAUGAUGAUGCAUAUAAAAGUCAUGCAGUAGAUAUCGGAUCUCUAAGUCCACCUAGUGUACAGUUUGUUAUUGGAACACCACCAGGUAGAAGACUUAGUGAAACUCCUCCACCACCAAAUACAUGGCAAGUCAGUCCAAUAGCCAGGCAUUCUCAUGUCUCAACUGGAACAUCACCUUUGAAAAAAUCUUUGGGAACUAAUAGUGCAUCGACUCCUAUUCUCACUGGACCACUAGCAGUACUAGGUUCACCUACGGCUAAAGCUCUUCAAGAUAAUAAUAAUACUAUGAAACAUUCACCAGUGAUCCCAUUUGGAACUCGAGCUGUUACUUUACCUGAAAUUUCUGAAGCAGGUAGUUUUCAAAACUUUUUUCCAGAACUUAUUCCCUCAAAUUCGGAUGAUCGUCCAUUGACAUUUAUUGCUCCAGAACUGCCAGAAGAGACUCUUCUGGAACGCGAGCAUAACGAAAUCUUAGCAAAGCUCAAUUUCGUCGUAGCUCUUUGUGAUUGUGUAAUUGAAGUUUCUAGAACUCGAGCAACACCACUAGGUGCUCCUCUUGGUGGAAUUGAACCAGCAAGUAAUGCGUCUACCAAAAGGAGAGCAGAACAAGUGAUUCUUCUAGUGAGAGCAUUACAGUGGUUGAGUUCUGGUCUUAGCCUUGCUACACAGCAGUUGGAAGCAGGGAAAUUACAACCUACAGCUACUGUAAAAGAGGUUGUAAAUACGAUGAAUGAAAAAUUUCGAAGUUGCUUAGCGGAAUGUAAACAAUUAAAUAGCGCUGGUCUUUUAAGACAAACAGGAGCAACUGCUGAUAAAAUUCUUUAUAAUCAUGCAAUACAAAUGUGUCAAUCAGCUGCUUUGGAUGAACUCUUUGGGAAUCCAGCAGAAUGUUUCCAACGUUAUCAUACUGCACAAAUACUUCUGCAUUCAUUGUCUCAACAUGUGAGUCACAGUCAAGACAGAGCAUUGCUUAUCAAAUAUAAAACUGCAGUAGAAAAACGGCUUUAUGUUCUUCAACAACAAGGAUAUAUUUACGCUACAGAUCCAACGUAACGAUUGAUUCUUGGAAGAUGAUACAAAACUUAGAUUUAAUCAUAUAUGAAUUUCGAUACUUUAAACUAAUAGAAAUCAACAAAGUAAAUAUGAUAAAAAUAUAAAGUAGAUGUGAAAAGA